AUGCCCCUCUCUUCCUCUUUCCCCUCUCUUCCUCUCGCCGUUUCAAAAUCGACCAGCUGCCCUGCCAAAUCUCCAGGUUCGCGUGCUAAAUCAGGUUUCCCAUCUAGUUCUUUGCUGGCUAUAUUUUGCGUUCCGAAUCUUCUGAUACAUAUGGAUAAAAGCGAUGGUUGUUGCUCAACUCACCUUAUAGAUGGGGACGGAAAUUUCAAUGUUGCUGGACUGGAUAUGUUCAUGAAGGAAGUUAAACUUGCAGAAUGCGGGCUUUCUUAUGCCGUAGUUUCCAUCAUGGGUCCUCAGAGUAGUGGUAUGAAUUUUUAG